AUGCACAACCCAGGUGUAAGACUGGUGAAGUACGACCGAGUCACCGGCAAGCAUAUUGAUAUCUCCCAAUACUACCUUGACCUCAAUGCUGCCAACAGAGCUGGAGUGGCAGACUGGAAGCUUGAAUAUACGGCAUCAGAUGCAUACAACAUACAAGACCUAACAGCUUCAAGUCUCACCGAUUUAAUUGACAGAAUGGAAGAUUCAGACAGUACCGAGUUUAAGACUUACAGGAAGUUUUACUAUGUGAGUCCACCUGAAAAUCUUACCGAGGAUUGUGAUUGGAAAUGCCAUGCUGUUAUAUUUUGUGGAUUUACAGAGUUCAACUUGGAUGAUGUCAAGAAAUGCGAAAAGAAGAUGGUGUCUGGAGCAAUACGAAUGAUCAGCUGGAAAUAUUUGUACGGAUUCUUAGUCGUUGUACUUGUGACAUACAUACACACGUAA